AUGGAGACAGAUCUUAAGAAGGAUUUGAAGAAAGUUAAAGAUAAGAUUAAAGGAGGUAUAGAUGGUGUGCUUAGGAGUAUGAAUGUUUUAACUUUGGAUGGUUUCGUGAAGAGUGAUUUGAAGACGUUGAAGGGGAAGAUCAGUGAGCUUGGCAAUGGUCUGGAAGGCGAUGGAAAAAGUAAUGAGCUUGUUAAGGAUAAGUUGGAGGCGCUUGCAAAGGAGAAGAGAACUCUAUAUGACAUUGCUGGUGAGCGUGGCAAAAUUAUUACGGAGACUGAUGGACUUGGAGAGAAGUUUAAGACUGUGAUCCAACAGCCGCUUGACGAGAAAGCCAAAGCAGUUGACUCGGCGAUUGGGACGCUUGGCGGGAAGUUUGAUUUAAAAGGUGACAAAAAUAUUCAUGAGGUUUUCGGGCAUAUUAAAGAAGAAGUUGGGAAGAUUAAGGGGCAGGCGGGAAGUAAAGGUGGAAAUGGUAAAUGGCAUGGUAACUCCGGUCUCGACGGUAUUAAGGAGAGAGUGAAGGAUCUUGCUCAGGCUUUCGUAAAGACUGGCUGGAGCGGUUUCAAUGCUAGAGUAGAGGGCUGA